AUCACGUGGGAAUUGUGAAAUGACGGAUGAUGGGUCGGAGGAAACAAUCGAGAGUGGGGAUAGAGUGGACAAGAUUUGGCAAGAUUAGGCGAGAUGGAAGUUCGAUUGUUGUGUCGAGUGAUACAGUUUUGGAAGUUUUACCCACGUUGAGUGUCGGACGCGGAUUUAAAUUGUGAAUAGAAACGUUUGCAAACAAGUCGCUUGAUGUUUUGAAACGAAAGGCGAAAUAACGUCGUUCGAGAAUUACGUCUAUCUUAUCCUCAGUGUAAAGAUUACUUGUAUACAGAAACCAUGUCGAAACGCAAAUUUGAUGAUAUGAAAGAUAUGCUUACUAAGCAACCGCUUAAGAACUCAUUGGAUUCUGAUGAAGAUGAUGAUGAGGUAAAUGAGGAUACCUAUAACAUCAUGAACGAAGAUGAAUUUGAAGGUACAGAAGAUGGACCUUCGGCACCAGAAGCAAAUGUAGGAUUUACAGCAUUUAAUAUGAAAGAAGAAUUGGAAGAAGGUCACUUUGAUAAAGAUGGCCAUUAUCUUUGGAAAAAAGAGAAGCAAAUAAGGGAUAACUGGUUGGAUAAUAUUGAUUGGGUCCAAGUCAAACCUGGUUCUACCGCUAAUGUACAAAAGAGUACAAAAUCAAAUAAAAAUUAUGGAUUGGGAGAUAGUGAUAGUGAUGAUGAAGGAGAUAUUAUGUUUGAUCCUAUUCCGUUAUAUAAACAGAUUUUAGAAUAUCUUAAACCUGGUGAAACUGUCUCAAAGACGUUAUGCAGACUUGGUAAACAUAAUACUAAUAGAGCAUGUGUUCAAACUAUCGCAAGUAAAUACAAGUUGUCCCAAUCCAGGUAAAGGAAAAAGAAAUUAACCACAGCUGAAAGAUGGAAAAAGAAAAAAGAAUCUAAAACGUGCGAAGAAGAGGAAGAUCCCAAUUCUGUCAGCAUAAUUAAGUUGACAGAAUUAGCAAAUGAAUUAUUAACACGCACUGGUAAUAUGGAUAUUUAUCAAGAAAGCUAUGAAUUAAUAAAAAGAAAGAUUGAACAAGGCGAUAAACAUGCACAUCCUUCAAAACAAGAGGCAGAAUUGGAUAUGUAUGCUGAUGAUUUUGAUGAAAAGGAGAAGGCAAAACUGGAUGAUAUUGAUGGUGGAAAAGUAGCAGAAACAAGCGAGGCAGAAAAAAGUACGCCUCUAGAGGAAGAUGUAACAUGGGAUUUAAAAUGGUCGCAGGAUGAAAAUGCAGAGAUACACGGACCUCAUACUAGUCAGCAAAUGCAUGCAUGGGCAAAAGAAGGUUAUUUCAAAAAAGGCGCUUGGGUCAGAAGAACCGGACAGCAGAAUCAAUUUUAUAAUGCUGCUAGAGUAGAUUUUGAACUUUAUCUGUGACAUUUUUAUCACGAGACAACAAUGUGAAUAAAUAGAUAAAAGUUGUCUGAA